AUAUUACACAGCACCCAAAAUCUUUACAAACGUUCACAUCUCAUAAUCAGACACCAUGGCCAAGAACGAGGUUGAAGUUGUGAAGGGCAUCGAUCUAGCAAGAUACAUGGGCAGAUGGUACGAAAUAGCUUCAUUCCCAUCGAGAGAUCAGCCCAAAAACGGGAUAAACACGAGGGCUACCUACACACUCAGGGAUGAUGGCACUGUAAAUGUGUUGAAUGAGACUUGGAGUGAUGGCAAGAGAGGGUUCAUUCAAGGAACUGCUUAUAAAGCUGACACCAACAGUGACGAAGCUAAGUUGAAAGUUAAGUUUUAUGUGCCCCCGUUUUUGCCUCUUAUUCCUGUUACCGGUGAUUACUGGGUGUUGUAUCUUGAUGAAGAUUAUCAUCAUGCUCUCAUUGGUCAACCCUCUAAGAAGAACCUAUGGAUAUUGUGCAGGGAGAACCAACUUGAUGAGGAGAUAUAUAAUCAGUUGGUUGAGAAGGCGAAGGGAGAAGGGUAUGAUGUGAGCAAACUGAAGAAGACGACACAUACAAACCCACCACCGGAGACAGAAGAUGCACCCGCGGAUAAAGGGAUUUGGUGGUUGAGAUCGAUUUUUGGCAAAUAGAGCCUCAGGACGAGGAACAAGAACUCGUAAAGGGAUGAUUUGGGUUAUUGAAUGUGUGCUUGUACAAUGUACCUGUUUAUGUAAUUACAACUUGUAUUUAGUUAAUGUUGAUCGGGUUAUUGAGGUCAUUUGGUUUAA